AUGGUCCACAAAGUGCUCUUCUGGAGCGGCUUCGGCAUCGCCGUCCGCCUUUGGCAACUCGGGAUCGAGAUGCGCCCCAUGUUCUGCAAGGAAGCCCUCUGGGCUUACCCUUUCUUCGCCGGUGUUGGUGGAAGCUUCGGUUAUUGGCUCCAGGGUGUUGAGAACAGACAACUCAAGAUGCUCGCACAGCGCCGGGAGGCUAUCCUUGAGAAGCGCCGACGGAGGGACGAGCGGGAAGGCAUCUCCAAGGUUGAGGAGGGUGCCGUCCUGGCAUCUUCUUCAUAA